AUGCGGAAUGCUUUGAAUCGCUUGGCCGAUACCGUGAAGGAUCCUGAGCAGCAACGCCGUGUUGAAAACGAGUUGGAUACGUUUUUCGCCUUGUUCAGAAGAUACUUGACAGACAAGGCGUCGGGAAACACUUUGGACUGGGACAAGAUCAAAUCUCCUUCCCCCAGUGAAGUCGUGCAGUACAGCAGCUUGAAAGAGGAGCCCGAGAAGGAAACCGCUAACUUGGCCAAAUUGGCCGUGUUAAAAUUGAAUGGUGGCUUGGGUACCUCCAUGGGAUGUGUGGGACCAAAGUCUGUCAUUGAGGUGAGAGACGGAAACACGUUUUUGGACUUGUCUGUGCGUCAGAUCGAGCACUUGAACAGAAAAUACGACACUGAUGUGCCUCUUCUUUUGAUGAACUCUUUCAACACCGAUGCUGACACCGCCAAGAUCAUUCAAAAAUACCAGGGCCACAGAAUCCGUGUGAGAACCUUCAACCAGUCGAGAUUCCCUAGAAUUUUCAAGGACUCUUUGUUGCCUGUUCCUGACUCUGAAGACGAUGACUUGGAAUGUUGGUACCCACCAGGACACGGUGACUUGUUUGAAAGUUUAGUGUCCUCGGGCGAGUUGGACUCUUUGUUGGCUCAAGGCAGAGAGAUCUUGUUUGUCUCUAACGGUGACAACUUGGGUGCGACUGUGGACACCAAAAUUUUGGACCACAUGAUCGAAACCGGUGCUGAAUACCUUAUGGAGUUGACUGACAAGACCAGAGCCGAUGUGAAAGGUGGUACUUUGAUCAACUACGAGGGUGAGGUCAGGUUGUUGGAAAUUGCGCAAGUUCCUAAGGAACAUGUGGAAGAGUUCAAGAGUAUCAAGAAGUUCAAGUACUUCAACACCAACAACUUGUGGAUCAACCUAAGAGCUGUCAAGAGAUUGGUGGAAUCCAACAGCAUUGAGUCGGAGAUCAUUCCUAACCAAAAAACCAUCUCCAAAGGCAACUCAGACAUCAAUGUGUUGCAAUUGGAAACCGCUGUUGGUGCAGCCAUCAGACACUUUGAAGGUGCACAUGGUGUUGUUGUGCCUAGAUCCAGAUUCUUGCCUGUCAAAACCUGUUCCGACUUAUUGUUAGUCAAGUCUGACUUGUUCUAUCUCGAACACGGCGCCUUGAAGUUAGACCCAAUUAGAGAUGGCUUUUCGAACCCAUUGAUUAAGUUGGGCUCACACUUUAAGAAAGUGAAUGACUUUCAAAAGAGAGUGCCUCAUAUGCCUAAAAUUUUGGAGUUAGACCACUUAACCAUCACUGGUAAUGUUAGCUUGGGUAGAAAUGUGACUUUGAAGGGCACUGUCAUCAUUGUUGUGAAUGAAGGCGAGUCGAUCGACAUUCCAAAUGGUGCUAUUUUGGAAAACGUUGUUGUUACUGGAAACUUGCGUAUCUUGGAACAUUAG